UGCAAAACGUAGGUCUGUGUUUUUAACAUCAUCCAAGGACCACUUUCCAUUGAUUUUGCGCCCUAAAAUAGUUCAUUUCUCGAUAUUAUACAUGACUGCAAACGUGCUGUUUUCGUUCUCAGCGCAACGAGAUCACACAUGCGAAUAUUGUGGAAAGUCAUUUGUCCCAAUGUGUCGCCUUCGGGCACACAUAGAAGCUGUUCACCUGAAACAACGCCCCCAUGCGUGUGACCGCUGUGGUAAAUCGUUUCCUAUCAAGGGCAAUUUGCAAAAGCAUGUCGAUUCUGUUCAUUUGAGAAAACGCCCCUAUACAUGUGACCUUUGUGAUAAAUCGUUUCCCACAAAAUGCCGUUUGCAAAGGCACAACGUUUCUGUUCAUUUGGAUACACAUCGGCAAAUGGUGGAUAGUUGACCCCACGGUCCCCUGAGGAACACUCCCGCUCACUUUGUAUUUGCCUCACACCAGACCUAUAAUUUGACACAAUUGAUGCGUUUUGUAUUUGUACAUAAUAUUAUCUUACCCUUAUCAUAAAUCCAUUUGAGUUGUG